GGUUGUUGUUUGUAUACAGUGAUUGCAAAGAAAAUUUAUUUUCAGCAACACUUAGGCAAAAAAAAUGGCUUCAAAUUUUCGCUACCACCUGUUAAAGAGCGUUCGACCGUAUAGCGUGUACAUUCCACAGCUUACCAAAUCAGUCCUACGCGUUUUAAUACAAGGAUCUGUUCACUAUAUAGAAACGAGGACAGCAUCUCCUGAUGUACUGGCACUGGCAUUAAAUAAACUCAAGAAUGCAGGACAUGAAGUUCCUAAAAACUUUUGUGAAUUAUUUACAAUGGUAAUGCUGACAAUGCAAAUAUAUCUACGCUAUCCAAAGGGUGUAAUAAAAGAUCAUGAGCUGCGACAGUGUCUGAUUGACGACUUAAGUCUUCCUGAUGCUUGUGCGGAUGAUCUAGCCAAGGUUUUAGUCAAUCAUCGAGCUACUCUAAGUAAAAAUUUUGCUGAGACUAAAAUAGAACGGGCUAAAAUGCUGGACUUGCAAUGGCGAAUUAAUAUAUCCUUGAGCUCUACCUGAACUUAAUAAGCCUACAAUAGUAUUGCAUUUCAAACUGGUAAAUGGAGAAUAUCGUACAUUGGAGUUACCAUUAACGAUGUUUCAGC